AGGAGCGCUCUCUCUCACCCCCAACGCACGGUCCUUUUCGCUUCUCCUAGUCUUUCUCUGUCGCCACUCGCAAUCUCUUGCAAACGAAGUUUCCUUCCUCAGACUCACCCACCAUCACUCCAAUCUUCUGGACUCGCGUCCACCAUUACCAUUUUUACGUCCCCAAUCCUAAACAAAUAAUUACCCUUCCCUUAUAUAACUUUCUUUCCUUUUUUUUCUUUCUUUCUUUCUUUAUUUAUUUAUUUUCUUGACUUAUAUAUUCAUCCAAUAAACAAUUCAUCAAUCAGGUUUAUUUUACACUCUUAUUUUAAGAAUUGUAACUCCAAAAACUAAAUAAAGAUAAAUUCUGAAUUCUCAAUCUGAAAUUCCUAUAUUCUUUAGAGGCUGACUGGUAGGUACGUUGUGGCGAUGUUUCUUCAUCAAUCAAUAAUCACCAGCAACAUAAUCACCUUAGAUUAGAGUUCUUAGUGCUACUUCUUAUUCCUCCUAUAUUGUUGCUUCGCUCCAAUUUCUAGGGUUUAUCACAUAAUAUCAAAUUAAAUAUAUGUUAUUAAAUUGAAUGGCCGGCGCCGGCGACCUAGAUGCUGAUGCGGUGCUCAGCGACGUCGAGGACGACGCCGGAGAUCCCACUCCGAUCGCUAAACCUCCCUCGCCGGAAGAUGUCUCCGUUGAGAAACUCCGGGAGGUUAUGGAAGAACUCGAUCGCGAGCGACAAGCGCGCGUUGCCGCGGAGAAUGCCAAGUCCGAAUUGCAGGUUUCGUUCAACCGGUUGAAGGCUUUGGCACACGAGGCAAUAAAGAAGCGCGACGAUUUCGGGCGUCAGCGCGACGACGCUGUUCGGGAGAAGGAGGAGACGGCAAAGCGAUUGGAAGAAACGACAAAGCAUUUGGAAGAAACGGCAAAGGAACGUGACGCACUGCGAUCGGAGAUUGGGAAUUCGAGCCACAUGCUCGUCACCGGCAUGGAGAAGAUCUCGGCGAAGGUCAGCAGUUUCGCCGGCAACGCGCUGCCCUUGCCGCGGUCGCAGAAAUACACCGGCAUGGCGGCGGCGGCUUAUGGCGUCAUCAAGCGCGCGAAUGAGAUUGUGGAAGAGCUUUUGAAACAGAAUGAAGCGACUGUCAAGGCUAGGAACGAGGCGAGAGAGCAGAUGGAGCAGCGGAAUUACGAGAUUGCUAUUGAGGUUUCUCAGCUUGAGGCCACGAUCAGUGGCUUGAGGGAUGAGGUUGCGAAGAAGGUUUCUGAAGUUGAGGGUUUGGAGAAGGAUUUGGCUGUUAGGGAUCAGAAGUUGAAUGUUGUUUCGGAGAAUUUGAGUAAGGGGGAAAAUGAGGCUUUGCAGUUGAGGGAGUUUGUUGGUGAGUGCGAGGACAAGUUGAGUAAGUUGGAAUCUCGGAUGGAAGCUCAAAGGCCUUUGUUGAUUGAUCAGUUGAGUUUUGUUUCCAAAAUUCAUAACCAGAUUUGCAAUGUUGUUAAGAUACUUGAUGAUGGUGGCACCUCGGAGCUGUCUGAAUCGUUGUUUGUCCCGCAAGAAACGGACGUUGAGGAGAAUAUACGUGCCUCUUUGGCUGGUAUGGAGUCCAUAUAUGAGUUGACUAAGGUUGUUGUUCAGAAAGCAAAAGAUGUGGUUGAGGAGAAGAAUCACGAGAUCAAGAGUUUAGAUGAGACGGUGAAUCGGUUAGUUAAAGAGAAGGAUCAAAUUGGUUCCUUGCUUAGGAGUGCCUUGUCUAAGAGGAUGGCAAUCGAUCCAUCCUCUAGAAAGAGUGAGUUGUUUCAAGCAGCAGAGAAUGGGUUGAGGGAGGCUGGGAUAGAUUUCAAAUUUAGUAAACUUAUUGGAGAUGGAAAGGUUGCGGAUUCAAAUGAGAAGUCGGAUAGAGCGGAGAAAGAAGAGGAAGAUGAAAUAUACUCAUUGGCUGGUGCUUUGGAGGAUGUAGUUAAAGCAUCUCAGCUUGAGAUCAUUGAGCUGCAGCAUACUGUGGAUGAAUUAAGGGCAGAGUUAAGCUUACUUAAGCAGCAUAUAGAAGCUCAGGCCAAGGAGCUUGACCAUAGAAUGCAUCGGAUAGAGGAACUUGAAGAGAAGGAGAGAGUGGCAAAUGAAAAUAUUGAGGGGUUAAUGACAGACAUUGCUGCUGCUGAAGAAGAAAUUAACAGAUGGAAAGUAGCAGCAGAGCAAGAAGCUGCUGCAGGCACAGGUGUCGAACAAGAAUUUGUGGCACAGUUGUCAGCACUUAAGCAGGAACUUGAAGAGGCAAAGCAAUCCAUGUUAGAAUCAGAGAAGAAACUAAAAUUCAAAGAGGAGACAGCAGCUGCUGCCAUGGCAGCCAGAGAUGCAGCAGAAAAGUCUCUUAAGUUAGCAGACAUGAGGUCGUCUAGACUAAGAGAUAGAGUUGAGGAGCUUACUCAUCAGCUAGAAGAGUUAGAGAACAGGGAAGAUUCAAGGAGCCGAAACCGGCCUAGAUAUGUGUGUUGGCCAUGGCAGUGGCUCGGCAUGGACUUCGUUGGAUUUCAGCAGCGACCUGAUACACAGCAGGAGGCUUCUAACGAAAUGGAACUUUCCGAGCCCCUGUUAUAAUUGGACUUUUUCUUUUUCUUUUCUUUUGUGUAUUUAUGUUGAUUUCUUCAAAUUUGUGUUACAAAGUUGUAGUUUAUAGCAUUAACACGUUCCACCAUCUCUUAAAAUGCAGCCAUGGUGGUUAUUGGUUGAGAGCAUUAGGCCCCUGUAAAGUGAAAAAGUCUCUGGAAGUAUACAAGUGAGGGUGUGAUCACUCUUGAAUCAAAGUAGGCUAGGUUCCCCAGUCACUUUAAUUAUAAUUGACCUAAAGUGCAUCUUCACUUAUUCACUUUAGAGGUUUUCUCACUUCAGAUGAGCUGUUUUCCUGCAUUCAUGUUGCAGCUGCUUCUGGCUUCAGUAACUUUUUAUUGCAAUUAGCUUGUUUUGUACGAUCAUUUCAUGAAAGCAAUCAACGAAUACACUCUGAUUUUACACUCACGGAAAAGUCUAGAUAUGAUUGUUCAAUGUAAGAAUUUAUACAUGUCCACGGAAAGGUGUGUAACUCUAGUUUGUGUAUGUGCUCAAUAUGUUACAUUCUUUUU